AUGGGCUCUACAUGCACAUUAAAUUCUACGUAUACAUCUCAAUAUUUUAUUGAGAUAACUGAGAUCGCAGUUGCUGAGAUCCGGAGCAAUAAUGAAAUCAAAAUCCACGUGGUGUCGUGUCGACAUUCUAAAGGGAAACCCAAAAAGCGAUCUGUGGGAUCAUUAGACCAGGAAAAAAAAUUGGAAAACAGCAGCGGAGGAAAGUCAGGUCAACAGCCGUAUAUGGAUGACGGAGAUGGGCGGCGCAUGAUAGGAUGCCCCGGGAGUGUCCAUGAUAGGACGAUAAUCAACCCGAUAAUGCUUAGAUUCCGGCCGAUUGCACCGAGGCCGACAACCGUUGACACCAGCAACGGUUCUUCGCCGACGGAUAUCAAGAACGCGGUGUUUGCCAAAUCGAGGACUAAGAGAAAGUACGUCAGGGUUAAGAAAACCAGUGGCGGUUGUAAGAGAAGGAGGAGAAAAUUAUCAGAUCAAGAACGAGUGAGUGAAGAUUCUGAGGGAAAGAAUAUUGUGACGCUACAGUUACUUCCGGAAAGAACAGACGGUGAUAAACAGCCUCCGUGCGAUGGAUCUUGGAGCACACAGGUGGAUCACAACCCUUCGAUGAAUAAAGCUCCAGUUGACUCGUCAGAUCUGGCGGUGGUGGAGUCGUGGCUGACGGUCGAGAGCAUGACAGACGCAUGUAGUCAUAUGGGAGGGGUAGGGAGUACAGACGGUGAGAGAGUGAAGAAUCUGGAAGCCGACACGUGUCCCUCGUUGAUUUCGGAUAAUUUGAACAGGGUAACGUGGGUGAAUGGAGCAUAUAAGAAGAUGGUGACGGUGGCGGAGAACCGAGACGGGAGGUUACCGGAGAUGGUGGUGCGGUUGGCGAUAAAAGAGAAGCUACCGGUCAGUGGCGGACUGUUUACGUGUCAAAUGAGGGUGCAGAACACGUGGCGGGAGGAGAGGUGGUCAAAGUUGGUGCCAUGUGAUGUGUGGAGGAUGGAUUUUGGAGGAUUUGCAUGGAGGCUAGAUCUCAAGACUGCCCUUAGUUUGGCUCUAUAG